AUGACGACCAUUCGCAUUAUGAAACGGACACGCAUUGGACAAUGGAACGUGAGGACUUUAAUGGAACCAACCAGACUGGCGCAGUUUGAAGGAGAAAUGGAGAAAAUGCAGAUCGCAAUUGCAGGCAUCAGUGAAAUGAGAUGGAGAGGGAAUGGGACAACAACAACAUCAACUGGCAACCUAGUGAUGCACAGCGGGAGCAAUGAUGGUGGCAGGAAUGGAGUAGGAAUUUACGUGUCCAAACAGUUCAAGCAGACACUAAUCUCCUGGAGCCCAAUAUCCGACAGAAUCAUCAGUGCCAGAUUCCGAUGCAAUGCUAGGCACAUCACCAUCGUACAGUGCUAUGCCCCAACAGAAGACGCCAGCGAUGACAUCAAAGAUGACUUCUACAACGCCCUCACAUCUUCACUCACCAGGAUUGGAAGAGGAGACGUCAAAAUACUCAUGGGAGACUUCAACGCAAAAAUUGGCCCCAACAACAAUGGACUAGAAACAAUAAUGGGAAAACAUGGUGUUGGCUCACGCAGCAAUAACGGUGAUAGACUUAUCGACUUGUGCCAAACAUUCCAACUGGUCAUUGGUGGCACUGUAUUUCCACACAAGGAAGUCCAUAAAUACACAUGGACAUCUCCAAAUGGGCAUACACGCAACCAAAUUGACCACAUCUGCAUAAGUAAGAAAUGGAGACGCUCACUAAUGGAUGUAAGAAAUAGGAGAGGCGCGUCAAUCGACAGUGACCACGAGUUGGUAGUCGGGGAGCUCAUCAUCAAGCUCAGACGAAACCACAACACUGGCACCAGGAACACAAGAAGACCGCCUCCUCUUAACCUACAUCGACUUGGCGACUCCACUCUAUCUACCAGAAUGGCAACAACGCUACGUGAGCAACUAGGGCCGCAGCAGGAGGAGCACUCAUGGGAGUUGACAUGCAGAAUACUGAGAAGCACAGCGGAGGAGGUGCUUGGCACCCGACAACGCAGACAAGUGGAUUGGAUAUCGACACACACAUGGGACCUUAUCAACAGACGGAACAGCCUCAAAUCUAGAGCGGAUCACGACUGCAGAGUUCGAGGUGAAUACAACGAGCUAUGCAAGUUGGUGAAAAAAUCUGCUAGAAACGAUAAGAGGAAAUUACUGGACAGGCUUGCUGAAAACGCAGAAAGCGCAGCAAACGCAAACAAUAUGCGUGCACUGUACCAGAUAAUUAUACUGGUACACUUAUACUUAAUUAUACUUAAUUAUAAUACUGUAACCAACUAUCCGGAAAAUGUCAAAGGCAAACCCAUCCAGUGCGAGAUUCAACCGGAAAACUCCUUACAGAAGAAGAGGCACAAAUCCAAAGAUGGCGACAACACUUCAUGGAGAUCAGCUGCACAGAACAACCAAGCAGCAUACAAGAAGACUCCUUAA